GCUUGAUCGGCGCACCCACCACAUCUGAUCUCAAGUGCUGCAAGAGAUCAGCCGGGUGCCAACUCUGAUUACAACCAGACUGGAAUCGAAGGGAACAUGCGGCUUCUCAACGCCAAAACGCACAAGCUUGAAAGCUAUGACGAUGAGCAGGCUGUGCCGGGCGGGUACGCCAUCUUAUCUCAUACCUGGGGCUGCCAAGAUGAGGAGAUAUCCUUUGAGGACUUCAAGGAGUUCCAAUAUCGUCUAGGACAAUCCUCGACAACUUCGUUGCCCUCAUCCGACGAGAUUCAGGCUGCGCGAGACUUUCUCCCCGAGUCCAAACGUCCCGGCUGGGCCAAAAUCGACGGCACCUGCAACAAGGCCCUUGAGUAUGGCUUUACUUACGCUUGGGUCGACACAUUCUGUAUCGACAAGUCCAGCAGCGCCGAGCUGCAGGAGUCCAUCAAUUCCAUGUUUCGGUGGUACGAAAAAGCCAGUGUGUGCUUUGCCUACCUUCCGGAUGUCUCAUCGCCAGAUGGUGUUGAAAAGGCCGGCUCCGAGUUCCGGACGUCCAAAUGGUUCACGCGCGGCUGGACGCUGCAAGAGCUCCUCGCCCCGUCGAGCCUGGAGUUCUUUGACAGGUCAUGGGGCUUGAUCGGCGUCAAGUCAGAUCUAUCUACAGUCAUCCAGGAGGUGACGGGCAUCAAUUCCCAGUAUAUCAUCGGAGUGCCCGCGUCGGCUGGCAUGUCUGUUUAUCAGUGUUUGUCCCGGGCCAGCGUGGCGGAAAGGAUGUCUUGGGCUUCGCGUAGGCGCACCACAAGACCCGAGGACCUGGCAUACUGUCUUUUGGGUAUCUUCGACAUCAAUAUUCCAAUGCUCUACGGCGAGGGCCUGCAUGCCUUCAAGAGGCUGCAGGAGGAGAUAAUGAAGGUCUCGGACGACACGUCUCUAUUCGCAUGGGGACUUGGGAGAGUGUGGCAUUCAUCGGAGUCAUCUAGCAUCUUGGCCCCUGCCCCAGAAUACUUUGAGCAUUGCUCGGACAUCGAGAUCAUGGACCUCGUCGACUUUAAACGUCCAUCGUUCCAGCUGUCUCAGCAGGGUCUGGUGGUCGAUCUCCCGAUAGUGCAGGACCCGAUGUUUGAUAACAUCUCAUAUCUCAUACUCCACUGCGGCAUCACCUCUGAUUCUGAUCAACACGUGAGCCUCGUCGCCGUCCCAAUCGUCUCCACUCGUGCGGCUGAGUCCCACCGUGAAUGGGACGCUGAUGGGAAUUUCAUCCGACCUAUAUGGUGCACGCCCAAGCUCGUGUCGACAACUUUUCUCGAUGCGGCGAAGACGGCGAGGGCGCUCAUUGUCAGGUCCUCGCCGGCCAACGACCACCUUUGGACCAUCCCAAUCUCCCUGAAGGCGCCCCGAGAGUCCGAAGAGGGCUCGCAAUGGAAGCUUAUUGGCCUGUAUCCUCCACAACCAACAAAGCAGGGGGGCUGCCUCGUAUCGCUCUAUGAAUUCCCGUAUGUUGCCCGCGCAAGCAGUCGGCAGGUUCACCUGGUCCAGCUGUCACAACCCACGCCCGAGACUCCAACGCAACCUCACAAGGAUUCAAAAUUCACAACACCGCCUAAAGACGGCAUGGUUUCCCUCCACAUCGACACUGAAUUCGGAGCUUUCCUCUUGCUCCUGAACUACGACAUCGCGGGGCCACGCGAUAUCAAAUCCGGCGGGGCCGUUCUUUCGUUCGGAUACUGGUCGUCUCUGAAGUCAAUGAGUUGCCGCCUGUUUCCUUGUCCGAGACACAAAGGUGUCGAGGGUAUGCAGAAGUUUGUGGCUCGGAUGUCUCUGAGGUCUGAGGGAGUGGGCGAGAUCAAAUCCUCAGACGUCGAUGGCGACGAAUACAGGGCUCGUUUUGCUCUUCCUGGCUCCAAAGGAUACCUGGAAGUGUUCUGGGAGACGAAGACUGUCGCCCAGGAGGAUCGGCGCCAGGGCCGAACUGGGGAUCAGAUCCAUCGCAUAAGCGUUGUGCAAAUACUUGUCACUAAAGGACAACUCAAGUCUUUGUCGUCACGAGCGCACUGAUAUGUCUAACCGUCAUCGAGCACAACUUGACACACGUGAUUUUGAUGCACUGCAGGCAUAAAUGCCUGAGUGUCACUAGAUAAAAAACCAAAAAGACAAACUGAAUCAUGUGAGCCUGUGUGUUCGGGCCAAGAACACAAC